UGGCUUUCUUGAGUCAUAAACAACUGGGCAGGGAAGGGAGUUCAGCAGGCUCAGCCCUGAAAGGUGCAGCACACAAAAUUGAGAGUAAAACUUGGAGAGAGACUUGUUUAAAGAAAGCAGCAAUGGACCUGAUCCCAAACUUUUCCGUGGAAACCUGGAUGCUCCUGGCUGCCAGCCUGGUCCUCCUCUACUUAUAUGGAACUCAUUCACAUGGAAUUUUUAAAAAGUUGAAAAUUCCUGGGCCAAAACCUCUUCCUUUCUUGGGGACGAUUCUUGCUUACCAGAAGGGCUUCUGGGAAUGUGACAUACAAUGUCAUAAAAAAUAUGGGAAAAUAUGGGGGUUGUAUGAUGGUCGACAGCCUGUGCUGGCUGUCACAGAUCCAGACAUAAUCAAAACAGUGCUGGUGAAGGAAUGUUAUUCUACCUUCACAAACCGGCGGAGCUUUGGUCCAGUGGGGAUUUUGAAAAAAGCCAUCUCUAUAUCUGAGAAUGAAGAAUGGAAGAGAAUCCGAGCCCUGCUGUCUCCAACCUUCACGAGUGGGAAGCUCAAGGAGAUGUUCCCCAUCAUUAACCAGUAUACAGAUGUGUUGGUGAGAAACAUGAGGCAGGGAUUAGGAGAAGGAAAGCCCACCAGCAUAAAAGACAUCUUUGGGGCCUACAGCAUGGAUGUGAUCACAGCCACCUCAUUUGGAGUGAAUGUUGAUUCCCUCAACAACCCACAGGAUCCUUUUGUGGAAAAAAUCAAGAAGCUUUUAAAAUUUGAUAUCUUUGAUCCACUGUUCCUCUCAGUGACACUCUUUCCAUUCCUUACCCCAGUAUUUGAUGCACUAAAUGUCUCCUUGUUUCCAAGAGAUGUCAUAAGUUUUUUUAAAACUUCAGUAGAACGAAUGAAAGAGAAUCGCAUGAAAGAGAAAGAAAAGCAAAGAGUGGAUUUUCUUCAGCUGAUGAUAAACUCCCAGAAUUACAACACCAAAGAAUCUCAUAAAGGCACCUGCCACCUAUGAACCCUGCUACAGAUGGAGUAUCUAGACAUGGUGGUGAAUGAAACUCUCAGAUUAUAUCCAAUUGCUGGAAGACUUGAGAGGGUCUGUAAGACAGAUGUUGAAAUCAAUGGGGUAUUCAUUCCCAAAGGGACUGUGGUGAUGGUACCAACCUUUGCUCUUCACAAAGACCCGAAGUACUGGCCAGAGCCUGAGGAAUUCCGCCCUGAAAGGUUCAGCAAGAAGAAUCAGGACAGCAUCAAUCCUUACACGUACCUGCCCUUUGGGAGUGGACCAAGGAACUGCAUUGGCAUGAGGUUUGCUCUCAUAAACGUGAAAGUUGCUCUUGUCAGAGUCCUGCAGAAUUUCUCCUUCCAACCUUGUAAGGAAACUCAGAUCCCUUUAAAAUUAAGCAAACAAGGACUUCUUCAACCAGAAAAACCACUUCUUCUAAAAAUUGUGUCCAGAGAUGAGACUGUAAGUGGAGUUUGAUGUGUAAUGGUCUGUUACAAUGUUGUAUUCUGUGACCAGAAACCAAUUCAUAUUGUGAAUAAAUCCAGAGAUAAAAAUUGCAGUAAUUUUGUGCACUCCUGCAGGAUUCUGGGUGUUCUUUGAGCUUGCUCAGUCUCUGUGAAAGUUAUCUUCUGUGGAGCAUAAGGAUGUGAUGACACAAAUCCAAGAUAAAUAUAUCCAACUCCCUGGUUCUUGUGGGACUGCCUAUGUUCACUUCAUUGUUACUACUAAAUACUCUGAUUUCUGAUGAGAAAAUAAACACCAAUUACUAGUUUUAUCAACAA